CCACCAGACCAAUCAAACGCAGACUCCCCUGCGACGCACGCACCGCACCGCGCCGCGCCGAUUCGCGAGAUCUCCCCUCCCCUCCCCACCCCGAUCCGACCUCCCCGGCGGCGAUGGCCGGCAAGGAGCUGAGCGACGAGCAGGUGGCGUCGAUGCGGGAGGCCUUCUCCCUCUUCGACACGGACGGCGACGGCCGGAUCGCGCCCUCGGAGCUCGGCGUCCUCAUGCGCUCCCUCGGCGGGAACCCCACCCAGGCGCAGCUCCGCGACAUCGCCGCGCAGGAGAAGCUCACGGCGCCCUUCGACUUCCCGCGCUUCCUCGAGCUCAUGCGCGCCCACCUCCGCCCGGAGCCCUUCGACCGCCCGCUCCGCGACGCCUUCCGCGUCCUCGACAAGGACGCCUCGGGCACCGUCUCCGUCGCCGACCUCCGCCACGUCCUCACCUCCAUCGGCGAGAAGCUCGAGCCGCACGAGUUCGACGAGUGGAUCCGCGAGGUCGAGGUCGCAGCCGACGGCACCAUCCGCUACGACGACUUCAUCCGCAGGAUCGUCGCCAAGCAACCGCCGCCGCCGUCGCCGGAGCAAAACACACCGCCGUCAGCCAUGGGGCGCAUGCAUAGCCGCGGGAAGGGUAUCUCGUCGUCGGCGCUGCCGUACAAGAGGACCGCCCCAGUCUGGGUCAAGACUCCCGUCGCCGAGGUUGAUGAGUUGAUCAUCAAGGCUGCGAAGAAGGGGCAGAAGCCCUCGCAGAUCGGCGUUCUGCUCCGUGACCAGCACGGUAUCCCCCUCGUCAAGAGCGUCACCGGGAGCAAGAUUCUCCGCAUCCUCAAGGCCCAUGGUCUGGCCCCUGACAUCCCAGAGGACCUGUACUUCCUCAUCAAGAAGGCCGUGGCCAUUAGGAAGCAUCUUGAGAGGAACAGGAAGGACAAGGACUCUAAAUUCAGGCUCAUUCUUGUUGAGAGCAGGAUCCAUCGCCUUGCUCGCUACUACAAGCGCACCAAGAAGCUCCCACCCACCUGGAAGUAUGAAUCUACCACAGCCAGCACUCUGGUGGCCUAGAAGAGCUCUUCAUCUGGUGUGCUCUUACCUGCUGCAGGACUGGUCUUGUUCUAGAUAUCAUCAAUUUUAUGUAAUGCUUUUGAGGUUUGGAGUGGGUUAGAUGUGGACAAGAGACCAAUUUUUCUAUGUUUACUCGGGAGGAUCAUAUGAACCAUUUUUGGUUUCUCAGUUCUGUCUGUUAUAUUUAACAUGCAUCCACAUUUCAUCA